AUGUCUACGUACUCGAAUCACGAAAAAUGGAAAACCGGUAUAAUCAAAGAAAUGGAAACUGUUCUGAAAGCUGCGAAAUCUUCACCAUACACAACGAAGGACUGUGUUCCCAGUGAGAUCACUCAAAAUAUCUGCAACGUGAUCGAAGCGAUUUUCAUACAUGGCUUGAGGGAUCCAUUCUUUGUGAAAGGAUCUAGAUACGCGAAAUAUCCCGAGCCGAACUUCUGGCCAUUUGUCUCCAAAUACUCACAUAAAAGUAUAACUUCGGAAAUCAGUUCGUUGAAGCAAAUCAAAUCGGAAAUCGGUCGAGGAAGAGCCUGGAUUCGAAUCGUUGUGAAUCAGAAUUCGCUAGAACAUUACGUUCAAUUACUUCUUGGCGAGACUAAGGCUAUAAAUCAAUUCUAUGACGAAAACGCUUUACUUCGUGAUGCAGAGCAAAUGACGAAAGUCAGUGAAUUGUUGAAAACUCUCGACGAGCUCCCGGUAUGUGCCGCUGUAAAUAGCUCUUUUCUUAACACAUGGACACCAUCGCCACUUAUACUAGCCGGUUUGGUAAAUGGGAAGCCACUGAAAGUGGGUGCCUUGGCGCCACGGGUGCGUGCGUCAUCGCUUCGUGAUAACUCGACCGAAGUGGGAAUGUCUGCAAUAGACUUCUUGCAGUCGGAGCGUUCAGCACUGGUGUUGUCGCCAAUCUAUGGAAAGGAAAGAUCCAGCCGAAAGACCAUCCUCAGUGAUGAUGAUGAAUCGGUCUAUUCUCAUCCAUCCAUGAUUAACGAUUCCGAGAACAUACCGGAACGUGUAAUUUUAUCGUCGUCGCCUCUUAAUACUGGAUAUGGUGAACUUCGAUCGCAAAAUGUAGCAACGAGCACAGUAGCUAGUGGUUUGACUGAGCUAGGAGCCUCUGUUGUCUCCCUUCGCCAUACACGGAUGAGACCAUCGGAAACACUCGAUAGCGGCAUUGAUUCUGAAAACAGGGAUCCGAAUCCAGAAACCAUCAGCUCGGUUUCUGACGACAAAGGUAGAGAACUGACCGACGAGAAUCUCAGUAAUUUGAAAAACGAUGAAAAACCUUUGGAUGUUGGACCA